AUGUGACGUAAUGGAGGUGGAUGGUUCCUAAAGAUUUUUUUUUUUGUUCCAAAAAAGAAAUCGGAAAAUUAUAAUUAAAAAAAACAAACAGUAAUAAAUAUUUAGAAAAGUUUAUUAAACGCAUGUAAUAUUUAAUUAUUUUUUCUAUCAAUUAUGACUGAAGAGUCGCAACAAUCGGAGACAUCCGCGCAAUCCGAAUCUUCCAAUACAAGAAAUGCAGAUAUCACAAAAAUAAAGGACACUAAAAAGGAAAAAUGCCGACCAAUGACAAAGGUAGUGGUACGUCGACUACCACCGUCAAUGACACAAGAACAAUUUAUCGAGCAAAUUUCUCCUCUACCAGAUUAUGAUUAUUUAUAUUUUGUGAAAGCUGAUAUGUCACUGGGACAAUAUGCAUUUUCUCGUGCAUACAUUAAUUUUCUCAAUCAACAGGAUAUUUUUAUUUUCCGAGAAAAGUUUGACAAUUAUGUUUUUGUUGAUUCGAAAGGUACGGAAUAUCCUGCAGUUGUUGAAUUUGCACCAUUUCAGAGAUUGCCAAAGAAACGAAUUGGAAAGAAAAAAGAUUUAAAAUGUGGCACCAUUGAAUCUGAUGCUUAUUAUAUUAAUUUUUUGGAGAGUCUCAAAAAUCAAGAAAGUGACUCGGGCACUAGUCAACCGAAAACGGAAUAUUCAUAUCAACCUGCCGAGAACACUCCGAAAAAAGUAACAACACCAUUGUUAGAUUAUUUGAAGCAACGAAAGCAGGAAAGACAACGUGUUCGUGAUGAAAAACGAGAAGAAAGACGACGUCGCGAUUUAGAGCGACGACGAGCGAAAGAUGAAUCCACUGUGUCUAAGGUUCUAAAAAAUCCAGACUCCGAGAGAGAAGUAAAUAAGGACAACAAGGAGAAUAAGGAGGAGAGAGAGAAAAAUAUUGCCAAGGAUGUGAAAAUUCGUAAUAAAAGAGAUGAUAAAUUUAGGGAUAAAUUAAUGAGAGAUCGUGAGGGAAAAUUAACGGCAAAAACUUAUAGAGAUGAGAAAUUUAAGGACAGAGAAAUGAAAUAUCAAAAGAAGCAUGAUGAGAGAAAAUUGUAUGGCAAAAAAGAGGAGAGAGAUAAUAAUUUUAAAGAAAGAAAUGAAUCGAGAGAUGAGAGAAAAUUUGAUAAUCGUGAUGAAAAUAGAGAAUUUAAAGAACGUAAAAUAGAUGAGAAAAAAGGUAAAAGCUAUGAGAAAAUGCGUCAGGAAAAGAAGCGAUUGUCGGAGACAAAAAAACAAAAUUUAAUGGAAAACAGUGUUGAGAUAAUUGGCGAAAAAGUGAAAAUUGACGAAACUAAAAAGUCUGAGAGCAAUGAACAGAAUUCAAUGGAAAUUGAUAAAGUGACAUUGGAAGCAAGAGGAAGUGUUGAAAAAGAAUUUGUGAAUAUUAAAACUCAUGGAAAAGAGGAUGAAGAAGAGGUGGGAGUAGAAGAAGAAGAAGAGGAAUUGAAAGCUGUUUUAGAUGAAGCACCAAAUUCUGAAAAUGCUGAAAGAUUAUUGGGAUCGGGAGAUGAGAAAAUUCCAGUGAAUUGUGGAAAAUCGAUAUCCGAUGAACAAUUAGACAAGGAAUCGGAUUAUUGUUGUGUGGAUGAACCAAAAAAAGAGACGGUACUUGUAAAAAGAAGAAGUUCUCUGGAAAGUGGUGGUGAAGGUGGAGGUGGAGAUGGUGCAUGUUUGAGACGUCACAAAUCAUUAGACGGCGAAGAUCAAGGAAAUUUGCAGAAGAACGUAAGAGAUGAGAAGGAGAAAAAUAAAAAGGAUCCCAGAUUGGAACGACGCAUUAGAAAUAAGGAUCGACCAACAAUGGAAAUUUAUAGACCUGGAAUGGGUAAAUUUAGUAAGCAACGUAUUGAGAGAGAAAAAUCAACUAACGACGAGAGAGCAUCUUUAUCACAAAGUCCAACGCCAACUACAAAUGUUUCUACGUCUUCAAAAAAUACUAAAUCAGGAUCUGAAGUUCGCUCCAUGACUUUUAAGAGAAGCGUUAGUCGAGAUAUACCUUAAUGAAAAAAAAAAAAAAAAAACAAGAUUUUCUUUCUUUCUUUCUUUUUAAAGGGAAAACAUUGACCGCAAAUAAGUGAGUUAAAUAUUUAAUUUAUUAAAGUUUUCCCCCAUUUUCAUCAACUUUUAUCUAUUGUGAUAUUUUACAUACUUAUUUUGUUUUUUUAAAUUCUAAAUUUUCGAAUUUACUUCCUUUUAAUAUUAAUAUAAAAAAUUACAAUUAAUUAAUUUUAUAAAUUUUUUUUUUAAACGAUUAAUAUAAUAAUUGUAGUAAUUUUUUUUUUUUAAUUUCCACUUCAGUAAAAUAUAACAAUUUCAGAUGACAAAUUUUGUUUGAAAAAAAAAAAAAAUUUGCUUCAUGGAAAAGUUGGAAUAGUGCCGAAACGCCGAAAAACUAUGUUAUAAUGUAAUCCAAAAUUCAAGAUUUUGUUAGAUAUUCAAUUGAAUAAGUAUCAAAACAAAUUUAUUAAAAAAAUUUUUUUUUUUUUAUUGUAAAUUGUUAUUUUAUUUUGUUAGGAUUUUUUCUAUUAAAAAAAAAAAUAAUAUCAGUUUCAAAACUUA